AUGCUUUUCUUCACCCAGUGCUUUGGGGCUGUGUUAGAUCUUAUUCACCUGCGGUUUCAGCACUACAAGGCAAAGAGGGUUUUCUCAGCUGCCGGGCAACUUGUCUGCGUCGUCAACCCAACGCACAGCCUAAAGUAUGCACCAUCCCGCUGUGCAGCUGCUCAGACAUCCACGGAGCAAGGCGUCCUUCCUUCCUGCCAUCACCACGAAGCAGUGCAUGACCCCCAGCUAGUUUCCUGCACGUGCCCACUCUUCUCCUGCCCAUGGGAAGGGCACCUGGAGGUGGUGGUGUCCCACCUGAGGCAGACCCACCGCAUCAACAUCCUUCAGGGGGCAGAGAUUGUCUUCCUGGCCACGGACAUGCACCUGCCCGCACCCACGGACUGGAUCAUCAUGCACUCUUGCCUUGGCCACCAGUUUUUGCUGGUUCUCAGGAAGCAGGAGAAGUAUGAAGGCCACCCCCAGUUCUUCGCUACGAUGAUGCUGAUCGGCACGCCGACCCAAGCCGACAACUUCACCUACCGGCUCGAGCUCAACAGGAACCAGAGGCGCCUUAAGUGGGAGGCGACCCCAAGGUCGGUACUGGAGUGUGUUGACUCAGUCAUUUCGGACGGGGAUUGCCUGGUGCUGAACACUUCUCUGGCUCAGCUUUUUUCUGACAACGGAAGCCUAGCAAUAGGAAUUGCAAUAACCACCAGCAAAGUUCACAGCGCUGAAGCUGAAAUGUGA